UAUCCGCUUAUCUGUCGUUAGUUCAAUCUUUCAUUUAAUUUUUAAAUGAGUAAUUGAAGGUGUUUCCUACCAACUGUAUCGAGUUGUAGAUCAAUGAACUUUUAUCUAACAUCAAAGUAUCCAACAAAUCCAAACACAUUUAUUAAUAUUAUAUUACAAAAUCGGUUGCAAAGUAAUCAUAACAUUUGUAUUUCGAAAUAAUGACAUCUUAUAUACACGGUAUUAUUUUAGUGCUGGCAUCAAGUUUUCAGCUUUAUGAUUGCUUUGUGUGGUCAUUAAGUCAUCCUUACAAGCAAACUGCAUGGGUUAAUAAUACAGCUUCAAUAAUACUUUCUUGGCAAUACCAAUUAACUCCAGUUGAAAUCAACUCACAAUUUUUAAUGCGUAUUACUUGUGGUUUUAUUAAUGGCCCUGACCUUACCAUAUUGGCAUCUCGAUUAGGUGACACAGGACCAAUGAGUAUUAACACUAAUACGGAAUUUGGUUCCCGGGUUGAACCAGCUACUUUCAAUGAAAGCAGAACUGUUGGCUUUAAGAUUAACAGUAUGCUAAAGAGUGAUAAAAAUCAAUUUCGGUGUUUAGCAGUUGCUACUCAACCUGAUGCUCCAAAUUUCUUUCCAAGUCCAAUUACAUUAAUUCAAGUUUUAGAUCGACCUUCAUUUUUAAAUUGUUUGAAUAAUUUACCUGCUGUGCUUAGCAACCAAGAUUUGCAGAUAUCAUGUCAAGUGAUUGGUAACCCUACACCUAAUUUAUAUUGUCAACUUCUGUCUUAUACUGGAUUAAUUUUAAAUACUUUACCACAAAGUAGUUUUUUUCAGCAGAAUAUAACACAAUUGACUUUCAAAGCAGUUCAACCUGAAGCUUCACGUAUUACUUGUACAGCUUUUAAUGACAUGACAGGGUCUGAUUUUUUAAGCGUUUCUAUUGAAGUGAAACAUCCACCUUUUGCACCUCGUUCUUUUGACGUAACUCCUUUAACAAAAACGUCGUUACUUUUAAUUUGGACAAAGAUACCAAAAAAUGAAACAGGCACAGAUUUUACCUCUUAUAGUAUUGAAUAUUACAUCACAAGACUUGGAGUUUUAAAUAAAACUAGAAUUGAUGUUAAGGAUGAUGGAAGUAGUUCACCUAAAAUGCAGUACAAUUUAAUUGGAUUAGCUACUGAGCAAUAUACUAUUGCCAUUUAUGGCUUUAACAUAUUUGGUAAAGGUCCAGCAAUUACAAGGGAGGCUUAUCCAUCUGACGUCACUCCUCAAAGUGGUUCUUUAAAAGCUUCAAAAACAGGUGCAAUUGUUGGUGCGGUGAUUGGAGGAAUAGUAGCUGCCAUUAUUAUUGCUGUCAUAAUAAUUUGGAUAACUAAAAGAUCUGAUAAAAAUAAAAGAUAUCCAAUGAGUUACGUUGAAGAUGCUGUUGAUUAUCCACUAAAUCAAGAUAAAUCUCUUUAUGCUGGAGUAGAUAAAAAGAAAAAAAAAACUCCUCGUAAGGACUCCACUUCUGGUUAUCCAGAUGUAGUUAUGGGGGCUGAUGACGGACAAAAGACGUCUUAUGAAAUGUCAAGUAAAGUUUAUGUUUAAACUUUCUGAGUUUAAAAGUUGUAAAUCGUAAAACGAUGUCUUGAAGUUCGUGUGACAUUCUUUUUUGGGAAUGUUUUAAUAUUUCAUGCACACUAUUUUCUUACAUUUCAAUUAACAAUUUAAAAAUAUGAAUGUACAUAAUGAUUUUCUAUUUAAAGGCAAAAUUUUUUAAUGUAUUUUUUGGGUAAAGUUUUUUUCUAUGGUGAUUGAUUUUAAAGUUUUUA